AUUUAAUCACGUGACUACAUUUUAAUAGCAGAAAUGGCGUGAGUUGGUGAAAGACUUGUUCUACAUUUACUUUAAACAAGCAAUCAGCAUUAGUUGAAGCAUUUUGUUUAUUUUAAUGUGAUUGGUUUUUGAGUAUUAAAAGAUCUCUACAUUACUAUCAGCAUAAUGGAUAAACAGUAUUCUGUGAAGUUUUUUACUUCAUUUAUUGAAGCAAUGCAAAAGUUGUGUCGGGAAUACCUCGACUUUGAACAAGGUGUAGAACUGAGUGGUUACUUGGCUGUGGAGAUAGACAACUUCAAAAAGGAAAGAUAUGUGCUGAGUGAACUUGUUCAGAGUACUGGUAAUGUGAUCAGUGAGAGCUACUGCACAAAAGCAUUCAAGACAUUGCGAAAGGAACCACAGCGAGUCUCUAAUGUCCACGGAAGUGAAAAUAUUGCUCCCAGAGAUCACAUGAACAGAACGGGUAGAUCACAUUCUGAGGAAGUUACAAUAAUAUUACGAGACAGUCCAGAGACAGUGUCACGUCAUUCAAAUUUCCCUCUUCACACAACACCUCACAAAUCGUCUAGUAACAGUCAAAGACAUGCCUUUCAUCACAAUCCGCGAGCUCAUACAUUUAGUCGACACAAAGACAGUGCAGCUGUAUCGGUCAGUAAUCCAUUUGAAAUGUCGCCAUCCAGCAGAGGGCAGCAGCAUCAGCAGCCAUUUGAAAUUCAGCCAAGAUGUUCAGAAAGUUUACAAGUUUUGCCUAAUCUGUCGCCAAAAACACCCCAGAAACGCAACAUUGGCGAUGUGGAUUCUGCACAUUUGAGUCCUAUACCUAAAAAAGAUAAAAUUGACCAUAUUGGGUCUGGCAUUGAAUCUUUACUGGCUGCUACAGACAAUGUUAAUGAUACACAUGCAGAUAUGGAUUCCAUGCAGAAUAUUUACUCUACAUCGGCCACGGCAACGACAACGACAUCAGUAUCAGACUCAUUACACACUACAAUAGACUGUUCAUCCCAGCCUGCUAGCGAUGAAAACCUUCGCUUGCCUAUUGGGAUGGACAUUAAACGAGAGAAAGAUGAUGAUUCAUCAUUCAUGAUAAUAGAGAACCCCAGUGAUCCCACAGUUAAACUCUUGGAAGCAGAGGGAAUGUUUGGUGGGGAGCGUGAAAGCUCCCAGACUCUAGGUUUAGAUACUUCCACAAGUUUUUCAGCUGAUUCGCAAAGUGCAGACCAUGGUGACUUUAAGGAUUCAGGAAGUCUUGGUGAUAUGGCAGGAACAUCAUGGGACUCCAGUAAUCAGAUAUCACAGCAUGACAGAACAGGAACAUAUGCAAGACAGUUCCAUAACGAUUUAAUGUGUCAGUUCUGUCGGAAGCAGUUUGCAGAUAUACGCAGUCUGGGUAGACACAAAGAAUCGAUUCACCAAAAGAAAUUGCAAUAUUCGUGCAAUAUUUGCUUUAAAAAGUUUACUAGGAAGGACUAUGUGGCCAAACACAAAAAGAAAGACCACUGAUAUGUCGUGCUGUGCUGUGAAUAAAUAAGUGCUCUAGAAAUGUUGAUGAAGAAUACGUCAUGACUAAACAAACACUAUGUAUGUUAUGCAAACACUAUGUUGGUAUUGUGGAAUAUAAAACUUUAGUAUAUAUUACUUUUGACGAAUGAUUUGAAACUUGUUUCUCUUUCUGUAAAGCUUUGUUAGGGGUCAUUCAAAGUAUUCAACAUUUUCACAGUAGUACAAAGAAUACUACUUUUCCUGUUUCUCUCCUCUCUCUCUCUCUCUCUCUCUCUCUCCCCCCCCCCCCCCAAUACACACAGUAGUACAUAUCAACAUUUCAUUAUAGAGCAUUGCAUAGGUCUAGGUUUUAGAGGAUUAACUAUAGACAUACAUAAGAAUAUGCAUAUUAGUGCAUGUAACAGUUUAUUACAGUGAAGCCCAGUAUUCAUUAGAUUUAGAAAUUAAAAUGUCACCAUUCACAACGAUGAUCUAGGCAGUUUAAAAUAAAAUUCAAAUGUCACCAUUCACAUUGUUUUUGGUACUUCAAGUCACACAUAUUCUCAUCCUAAAACAGCUCUUUUAGUUCAAAGUCGCACAUUUAAUAUAUCGAGGGGUUAGUGCCAGAACCACUUGUCUCCUUUCCACUUCAAUCUGAGAAAACUGCACUGAAAACUUUGGAAUGCACUUAAAAAUCGGAAACUUAACUUGUGCUAAAUAUUUUGCUUUUAGAUGCUAGCAGUUAUUUGUUUUAGUAUAAACCUUAAAAGUUUUGUCUGCUAAUAAUAAUAAAUCAUGAUGUAAUUAAAUGAAGAACUAUUUAAUUUAUUCUGGCUCCUGGAACUUUAACACAAACAGCUCCAAUCAGCAUGCCAGAGCAAGCUAUUUUAUAAACAGUUUUUCUUACAGUCCAGCAUAUGUGACAAAUUGUGUGAAAUCUCAAGUCAAGAAUAGUGUUAUCUUGCAGUGAGUUCACGUGGCAUACAGUAAACAUUUAAUUUCGCAGCAGCUCUGAGACACCUUAUUGGGUCUGUGUUGUUAAUACUUUGAAAAUUUACUGGUGGCAGGAAGUAAUUGUAAACAAUAACAAAUUAUCUUUGGAUGGCAAACACUGGAAAGGGUAAUGGGUGUUUCCAGCUGUGUGCACAGUAACCUUAUCCUACACUGAGAUGGUAAAUUGGGCUCCCUGGUAUUGUAGCAGGUUGCUAGAAGCUCUUGACAACUUUAGAAAAACAAUUUGUCAAACAAAGCAAAGCCUUAAAACUAGUUAUAACAGAUACAUUUGUUAUACUAAUUAUUACAUGAAAUGUAAGUAUACUAAUUAUUACAUGAAAUGUAAGUUAUCAUACCAGUUAUAAGAGAUAUUUAUUAUACUAAUUAAACACUAAAUGUAAGCUAUCAGAGUAAACUGCACCAUCUGUAGUGUUGAGCUACUGACUGAAUUAAUAAUCAACCGUUAAGAUAAGUUAAUACGUUUAAUGAUUUUUAAUACACAGUAAUUUAACGAAACAAAAUGAAUACAGGGCCAGUAACUAUAUUCUGCAUUUUUCUUUAAAAGUUUUCACUCGUUCUAAAGUGUGUACCUUUUGACAUGUUCUAAAACAAAAUUAUGUUCUUCAACUUAAUGAUUUAAACAGCAAUUUAGAGAGAAUAAAAUGACAAAUAUAUUUACAAACAACGUGUAAUGAUUCCUAGCAGAAUGCACAUUUUAGUAGGUUUUACAAAAAUCUCAUCGUGUGUAAGAUGUUUGCAUGCAACAUGGGUCAGAUGUUACUAAAACAGUGUUUAAAAGUUAUAUGUGAUAAAAACUUACUAAAAUAAUAUGACAUUAGCAAAUAAUUACCACAAUUCUACUGUCCCUUAAUUCAUUUUGUUGAGUACAUUUUAAAUAUGCAAGUAAUACUACUAAAGGUACCUGUGUUGAAACCAAAAUCUGUUGAUUGAUACACUUUAAAUUGCACAUAUAUGCACUGGCGUAUCCGGGUAGCCAGGGAUUGGGCACAAGAGGACCUUGUCUUCUCGAAUAUACCUCUUUUUUCACAAUACCAACUUUUAUAAUGCAUGUCACCCCAUAAAAUGUGUAAAAGCAGUGCCCUCUAUCUCCACUCCAUCCCCAAUAAACAAUCCUGGCUACCCUAAUUAAUAUAUAUAUAUAUAUAUAUAUAUAUAUAUAUAUAUAUAUAUAUAUUAUACUUAAUCACACACCAGAUCAAUGCUGAUGACGAAUGUAUUAAACUGUAUUUAGAUAUGUUUUACACCUGGUUUUAUUGUACUUGUCUGACACCACAUACCUGUAGUUGUGUUGAGUGUGUCAUUAAAUAUAAAAUUCAUUUCUUUCUUAUGUUUUUUUUAAACAUGGCUCCCAUAUGCAACAACCUUAGUUAAAAAUUAUGAUCUAGCUAUAUAUAUAUAUAUGCCCCGUUUGUUGACUAGUUGGAUAUUGGCAUGGAUGGGAAAGAAAUAUUUAAUGGCACGCCAGCACAUGAUAUUUUUAAUGCCUUCUAGCCUAUACUUGAACAGACAAAAACGAUUCCUAAUAAAACUCGCCAUUUUAUUGACACUGGUACUCAAACAGGUUCCCUCCCAUUCUGCCUACAACCCACUUUGCCUACACCCACUUUGCCUACACCCACUUUGCCUACGACCCAGUAUGCCUACACUCAGUUUGCCUACAGUGUGAAAAAGUGACAUCCCCAGUUCAUAGUGGGACAAUCCCUAUUAUUUUGUGUCUAAAACCAAUAUAAAAAAUAUUGUAUUUCAUAAACAAUUAAGAUUAUAAUGAACAUAAGUAAUGUAAGUGGGGCUUAGUUGUGCAAAGGUGAUUUCAUGCUCUUUAUGGUGAUUAGUAUUGGUCCAAUGAUCCCAUACUGUGAUCUUUAAUGUGAUCAAAGUGAAAUAGGAUUAAAGUUAAACUUUGUACAAAAUAUUUGUUUACUAUUUGUGAGGUCAUUUUAUAGUUUGUUUUUGUUAUGUAAUGUUAAUCGUUUUUAAAAUAAAAUAUGUGUUUGUCAUAUUAUUUUGUCAUGUUAUUUUUAUACAUAGGGACCAUACAUGGAAUGCUCCACUUUUAACUGGGGGUGCAUCUUUUCAUACUGAGUGCAGGCAAACUGGGUUGUAGGCAAAAUGGGAGGACACCCUCAAACGUGUUAUUCUUAGUAAUACACUGUAGGCGAAACACAAAUGGUCAACAGUCAAAUUCACAAAAUUAGAUUUCAUUGUUGAUAAUGUAAACAUUUUGUAAUAAAACAUUUAUCUGAUAAAAAUAAUGUAUCGAUUUACUCAGGCAGCACAUUUAACGUGUGGUACCUUGCAUUUUAUUUUAACAGCAAAACGUAGGGUGUCUCGUGGCAUUUGAGAUAAAAUAAAUGUGUUGAUUAGAAAUCCCCAAUUUUGUAGAAAGUAAAGUUUGUAUUUUAAAAUUAUGUCUUAAACAAAUUUCAACCUCAGGUGAACUGUAGAUGCAUUGCAACUGUACAUUAAAUGGAAUUAAUUCACUGGGAUAGUUUUAACAUGGUAUGUGCACAAAUAUUUCACAAUUUGCGUGCUAAUUAUUAGAGUGAUUAUAAAAGUGUUUUGGUCAUGUUGGAUUCUGGUUUUAUGUUCUACUUGUAGCACCAGUGUAUAGUACACACAGGAGAAGGGCUGGUAGGUUUUUUACUAUGGCUAGUGAAUUAUUAAAAUCACCUAUUCCAUGUUCAGUGCAUUGUUUUUUUUUAAACCCUCAAACUCUAGGCGUUUGGUGCUUGUGGAUAGUUGUGUAUCAAGUUUUAACUGUAAUUUUUGUUCCCCUAAGAAUUCAAUAUGGCAGAGGUGGGAAGGUGUGUGUGUCCUGUGAUCGUGACUAUUUGGAUCUACAAAACAAAGCUGGCUAUGACACAGCACAACUCGAAACGAAUCCGGCAAGUCAUGUCUUGAAAUCUGAGCUGGAUUAUUAUCGUCUUAAGCCAGUGUCUUUCCACAACGUUAAUUUUCAAUCCAGACCCCGGCAACCUGAUCUGGAAGUUGUUUAAACCAUAGUUAUCAUAUGUCCUCUCUGUGAGGUAUUUCGACACUUGAUCUGUGAAAUGCAAAAGGAAAAUUGUUAAUGGCAUAGUGGCUGCUCCAACAAAACAGCGACAAGGUAUCAUUUAUAUGCACUUCCCCAUUGACAAGAAAGUACAUAUCACAAUCUUUAAUGUACCAGUCCUGGGCACUGGUUGAAGUAAGAUAAAAGGAGAUGGGUCCACUAAGGGCAAUCAAUCAUAUAUCCCAUUGCAUCUACCUGUACCACCGGCCUCGGU